UCACUCACUCAGGUGACUACUCUCGGCUGCUGUCCUCGCUGCUGUUUCACGGACGCUUUUGCCAUUUUCUGUGGAUACAGAAAAGUAAUUUGGGAGUAACUGCAAUGCCCGAAAUCACAUGAAUUUGAUUCAAGUCUUCGGUCGUCAGUGCGCAAGAUGGCAGGUCAGAACCAGUGCUACCAUGACCAACUCAUGGGAUUCUUCUACAACAACAGCAACCAAACCAAAGAUGAGUGGGACUCUACCCAGCUCAUUCUGGUGCAGUGUGUGGGCUCAAUAUUCUGCUGCUUCAUCCUGGUGUCCAAUGUCAUGGUCAUUGCAGCGGUCAUCACCAACAAGCGCUUCCACUACCCUUUCUAUUAUCUCCUUGCCAAUUUGGCAGCCUCAGACUUCCUAGCUGGAAUUGCGUAUGUGUAUCUCAUGUUUAACACAGGUGAGGUCUCCAGAAAGUUGACUGUCCAAGGGUACUUUAUACGGCAAGGGCUGCUGGACACCAGCCUCUCAGCUUCCCUGUCUAACCUGUUGGUGAUAGCCCUGGAACGCUACAUCUCCGUCAUGAACUGGAAGGUGCACAGCAACCUGACCAAACGGCGGGUGACGCUGUUGAUAGUGUUGGUGUGGGCCAUCUCCAUCCUCAUGGGGACCGUGCCCAGCCUGGGGUGGAACUGUAUCUGCAGCCUGGACAAGUGUUCCACUCUGGCGCCCAUCUUCAGUCGGAGCUACCUGAUCUUUUGGUCGGUGUCCAACCUGGUGGUGUUCCUGAUCAUGGUGGCGAUUUACCUGAGGAUAUACACCUACGUCACAAAGAAGACGUCAGUCCUGUCGCCUCACACCAGUGGAUCUAUAAAUCGCAAAAGGACGCCGAUAAAGCUCAUUAAAACUGUGAUGACCGUACUGGGGGCGUUUGUGAUCUGCUGGACGCCGGGGCUCAUCGUGCUGCUGCUGGACGGCCUGGACUGCGAGCACUGCAAGGUGCUCAAGUUCAAGCGCUGGCUGCUCCUGCUGGCGGUGCUCAACUCGGUCAUGAACCCCGUCAUCUACUCCUACAAGGACGAGGAGAUGUGGACCACCUUCAAGAACCUCUUGCGCUGCGUCUGCAACGGCACGCGCCGCCAGCGCUCGUCCAAGGCCAACAUCCGGCCGGGACAGGAGUCCGGGAACAGCCUGAGGCUCUCGGAGGACACCAAGAACUCCGCGCAGGAGAUGCUCAAGGCCUAGAAUGGGAAACUUGUUUUGGGUUGGACUCUGAGUGAGGACCGUGAGAGGAGGAGCAGUAACCCUGUCGACCAUUAUCUUCUAUUGACGUGUGACUGGCAUCAGAAACAAAACUGUGUGGUCCAUUGCUUGAGUUUGGGGAUCUGUGAACAAAUCUGUGAAAAUAUCAGGUUUAUGGACUGAAAAGGUAACAGUACAUUGUACAGAAGCGUACAGAGGUACAUAUCAUUGAUGAUUUUUUUUAUUAUUAUUAUUGUUUUUUUGUUUUUGUUUUGUUUUUUUACCUCAAAGAUAUUGACUUCUAAAGACCCUUUUCUCUACUCAUUACGUUCAUCCCUUAACCUGAAGUCAAUCUUGGAGAAUGCAGAAAAUACCACUUGUGCUUAAUACAUGCAGUUGCCUAUUCAUAUACAGUACUGUCAUUUUUUUAUAAUUUUUUUUUGGUGUUGUUUAAAGGUACAAUGACUAGUGCGUGCGUGCGUGCGUGCGUGCUUGCGUGUGGUGUAUGCCCGGUCACACUCCCUUGAUCAGAGCAAUUUAAUGUAUUUUUCCUUAUUUCCUUGGAAAUAACUGGUCAAGGAAGCCAUACACAAAUUAAAUCAUAUAAAAAAUAUCACACUCAUAAAAGUAGAUGCAUAAUGCUAGUAUCCAGACAUAGUUACCUGCCUCUGUUUAGAAGCCAUACAUGUAUUGUGUAACAUAACAGCAGAUGCACGUGUUUGUAACUCCUGCAUUUCAAGUGUCUGCAUGCUUGGGCAACAUUCCUCUCGUCACCUCGUAGGCACCACCUCUACUAUUUUAACUCUGUUUUUUAUCCAUCUGUAAUUCUACUCUUCUUAAAUCAUUUCUCUUUCUCUUUCUCUCUCUAUAUAUAUCUCUCUUUUUUGUCUCUCAUUCAAUUUUUCCUCUUUAUCUCACCAUAUACGCAACUCGGUAGCCGUGGGAGUGGCAGUUCACCUGAGCUUAUGGCCUUGUGCCAUAACUGUGUUAGCACUCCUCUGUGUUGGCUCCUUCAGGCAUGUCUGUGUCAUGAAGCAAGUCGUGUGUCAUGCUUCAGAAGUAUGGUAGGAAUCAGGCUACACAAGUCUGAGUGACGGAAUAUUCCUCGACUUGCGACACAAUGGAUUAUGAGAAUGAGAAAUCAAUCUUUUGAAAGACAUGAGUAUGAGAAAUCCAUCUUUUUUUUCCUUCUUCAGUUUUUCUGUUCAAGUAGCCUGCAAUUUGAAUCAAAAUCUCAGGUAGAUGGUAGUUGCUGUGACUGAGGGUAUGGUGGAGCUAAUGUUGCUUACUGUAGCUGUUGCCUUAUCUCUAAUGUCCUGGCCCUGAUGUUGCCACUGUGAGAGGGGGUUUAGAGUGUCUCCUGCGCCGUGCUUCCUGCUCUUAUAAACAGGAUGGCACACGUCCUGUCUAGAUGAUGAAAUGACAGCGAUAAAUCAGCCCCGUGUGCGCUGUCCCAUUACAAAAUGACCCGAGGCCGAGUUUGUGGACGUGGGCUCUUGGUCUCGGGUAAACAGGAAGGAUACAUAUUUAGGGAACUACCAAGGAACUGUACACACAUUCCUUGUUGUGCCUCCCACAGAGGGGAGAUUCACAGUGACCAUGUCAAGGUAAAGGGAUCCGUCUAGGAUGAGGUGAGCACCAGAUUGCAGUAAAUUGCCUUUCUCUCUGAAGGAGGCUUAACUUCAGCUAAUUUGCUUUACUUUGAAGGACAGGCCAAGGGCUCUUGGUUACCAUGGCGUCAGUGUGGUUAUUACUGUGGCCUAUUUCUGUCUUGCACAAUGACAUCAGGUGCGUCCUUAACUAAAUAUCCUCAGAUUCAUCAGACAAAUGUCUAUGGUUAGCGUUUACUGCUAUAACUUGCAUUUUUGGACAGGUAAAUAUAUAAUCUGAUAUAAUCAGGUAUACCACUGCAACCUGUGGAGACUAUCACCCUACCCUCUAGUGAUUCCUUGUUUUAUGCUGUAAAGAUGAUGGUGCAUAGAGUAUAUGCUCAACUCCAUUGCCUUGUAGUACUGUUAAACCACUUUGCCCUGCCUUUUAUAGAAUAUGUGUCUGAGCGUAUGGUGCAGAUGUGUAAAAAGGAAAUGAGAAUUAUUAGGGCCCGUAUUCCCUGUGAUUUUUGGGAGGUGAUGAAUACCUUCUAGAAUCAUUUCUUUGAUGGGGUCAGAGGUUGCCCUGUCUCACAUUCAUUAUGUGGAAUCCUUGAUAUUGAUGGCUGUCAAGAUACCAUUAAUUUUAGAAAGGAAAGCUGUUUACUUAAAUCUCUGACAUUUCCAGUCAUGAUAUUAAUUUCAAACUUGGCAAACUUGCAGUCUGCUAUAAACCUCAGAAAUAUUAUUCCUGUACGCAUAUUGUGAUUGUUCCAAUGCUUCUCCAGUAUUCCAAGUUUGCCACUAUCGGUACUGUUCUCAUCAAGCAUUCAAAUUAAAGUCAUACUAUGCUGUAAACUUGUACCCUAUUUAAGGGGUGUGUUUGUCACUGUAAUAAUAUGUACUAACGCUAUAAAUCUGAAAGCUCUACAAAUAUCUGCAUAAGCUCUGUUUAGUCUUUUUGAAAUAACAUAUCGAUAUGUAUUAGCUGAAUAGCUCUCACAGUUUUCUCAAGAAAAAAAAACCUUUCCAAUUCAUUUUUUCUCCAAGUAUUUAUUUUUCAUGAGUCCACCCAUGGAAGGAGCCUUUCUUUUUAGAUAUAUUAAAACCCUGUGAAUGCGUGUGUCUAAGAUCUUUGAGAAACAUGGGAUAUGUUUUGGCUUGAUUAACCGUAGCUGCAUUGGCCUGAAAAUUCAUGUUCUUUUUAUUUAUUCAGAACCCUACCUUUUUCCAACUGAAAUAAAACAAAUUCACUCAUGCAGGGUA